CGCCCCCACCUCCACCCCCCUACGCCCCCGCGCGCCUCGCCGCCAUCGCCGCUCCCCUUCAACCUCAUACCUGCCGUCUCAACCCCGCCCGCGAUUUCGGCCGUUGGUUUUCCGAGGUUUGUGCGUCCCAAACCAGCCCUAGGAGACCCCCCCUUGUGACAGCAUGCCUAAGAUAAAGACGAGCCGCGUCGAAUACCCCGAAGGGUGGGCGCUCAUUGAGCCAACGAUCCGUGAGCUGGAUGCCAAAAUGAGGGAAGCUGAAAAUGAUACGCAUGAUGGGAAGAGGAAGUGCGAAGCGCUCUGGCCGAUUUUCCGCAUCUCUCAUCAGAGAAGCCGUUACAUAUACGAUCUCUUCUAUAGAAGGAAGGAAAUAUCAAAGGAGCUCUAUGAGUUCUGCCUGGAUCAGGGUUAUGCAGACCGUAAUCUGAUUGCAAAGUGGAAAAAGCCGGGUUACGAGCGCCUCUGCUGCCUCCGAUGCAUCCAAACACGAGACCACAACUUUGCGACCACUUGCGUGUGCCGGGUCCCCAAGCACCUCAGGGAGGAGCAAGUUAUAGAAUGUGUCCACUGUGGCUGCAAGGGAUGUGCCAGCGGUGACUGAGCAACUAUGUUGUCAUGAUAUGCCCUGGAAUCAAUGGACAAUGGUUUGUUCUCAAGCCCAGCUACUCUAGGUGUUUCUUAAGCGUGAUCUCUGGUAGAAACAACCGUCCUGUAAUCGUAUUGUAAGCACUACUCUGCUGGUACCUGCUGCAAGCAAUUGCUCAUCUAAUUUCCUGACAUUGUGUUGA